UGACGUGGCGGUGGAGAAAGAGACAGCACAUAUAUUGUUGCCAAGUUGUUACUAAAAUUUUUUAAUCUUGGUUUUAAAAAAUCGCAAAAGAGUAAUGUUUGCUCAGUUUUUUGCUAUCUAUUUGGUUGCCGUGCUAGCGUGUCAAGCUUCACGUGCAUAUGCCAGUUGCGAAGCCACAGUCAAGUCUUUUUCAUCUCACGAUGCUACAAUUCUGACUCAGUUGGGCUAUAUUGCUGAGUUCUCAAUAGAAUGCAACCCAAAGUCGGAGCUCAGCCUGUUUGCUGAACUCCCAAGUGGCAAAGUUGUACCUGUGGCUAAAAUAAGAGACAACAAAUACCAGGUGAGCUGGGUGGAGGAACUUAGUACAGCCAGAGGUGGUAACAUCGAGCUACGACUUUUCGAUGAAGAUGGUUAUACAUAUUUGCGUAAAGCGAUUCGUAAUGGCGACAAGGUGUCUUCUGUGAAAUCGCUGCUAGACAUUACAGUCUCUAUAAAGAAUGCUUACAAAGGACCCUGGGUCAAGGCUGAACUUUUAGCUGCCUUCUUAGUCGGCGGCAUGGCUUAUUUUGCCGUCACAAAUAAAAGCAAAGUGCAAGCCUAAGAAAUACCCUAUCACAUCAAUAAAUCUUAACCAUUUUGAAAGUUCCAAAUUAAAAAAAAAUAUUUCAAAUAGAAAA